AUGCUCAAACCGGAGGAGCUAAAAGCGAAUUUCGAGGAGGAGGCGCCUGCGAGCGCGCGAGAGCCGGCGCGGUACGCGCGCAAUUUCCUCGAGUACUGCUGCUUCCGCGCGCUGGCCGUGGCGACGCAGGUGACGGAGCACCUUAAGGACAAAGACUUCCGGCGGUGGACGUUCGAUAUGAUGCUCGCGUGGGAGGCGCCGGGCGCCUCAAAUCAGCCCACGGGACAGAUGGACGUGGAGAGCAGUGUGUGCAUGGACGCGUUCGCCCGGCUAGCUCCAGCCAUCCCGCUGGUGGCGGACAGUGUGACAGUGCACGCGCUCUUUGAGCUGCUCACUGACGAGUGCCAGGGCGGCCGCCUUCCCUUCGCCAUCUACAACAACUACCUCAGCGAGCUCGAAAAGACGGUGAAGACAAUAAAGAACUCCACCACUGGGGCGUUGGCCUCAGCUCUAGGGAUAGUGAGGGGCGAGGAGGCAGUGAUCGAGACGGACGGACAGGCGACACAGCCGGUGCUGCAGCACAUAGGCGUCAGUGCCUGGCCAGGUCGGUUGACCCUCACAGAUUGUGCCCUAUACUUCGAGCCCAGUGGUGUCGUAUCCUACGACGCAGCAAAGAAGUUUGAUCUAGCAGCAGACCUCCAUCAGACAGUCAAGCCAGACCUCACUGGCCCGUGGGGGGCGAAGCUUUUUGACAAGGCCAUCAUGUACAAAUCCCACGCCAUAACCGAGCCUGUGGUUCUGGAGUUUCCCGAACUGACCGCACACAUGCGGAGAGACUAUUGGCUGUCCAUCAUCCGCGAAAUCAUAGCCGUCCAUUCCUUUGUCCGGACCUACAAGCUAGAAGGCCCCACUCGCAGGCAGGCUAUAGCCAAAGCCGUGAGGGGUAUAGCGCGACUUAAAGCCGUGUGGAGCUUACAAAAGGCUCUCCCUACAGCGCCAGAGAGCCUCCUAACUUUCAUUGCUGCGGACGAGCUUCCGGGCGGGGAUAAAAUCUUGCGGGCCAUGGCGGGCGUGCUUAAGGCGGAUUCGGGCAGCCCAAAAAAAGAACGGGAGCAGCUGGAGAAGCUAGGGGAGUUUGCCGCUGCAGCUGUGAGAAAUGCCGGGUUUGGGAGUGGAGGGGGAGGAGGUGGAGGAACAGCAGGAGAAGUAGGAGGAGGAGCAGCAGCAGGAGGAGCAGCAGCAGGGGGAGUAUCGAGCAGAUGGCAGCAAGGGGGCAGUGCAGCAGCAGCAGCAGUAGCUGCAUUUCUCCCUGGCACAGCAGGGCUAAUGGGCGGAGGAGGAGCAGGGGCACUGGGAGUGGGUUCAUGCCCGUCUAUGCCUGUAGGGGAUGUGCUUGUAGGGGAGAUGACGGCUCUUGAGAGGGCGGUGAAGAACUCGAGAGACAAGUCGAGUAAAGUGGCCAAGGCGAAGAGAUCGGUGGAAGAAGUGAAGGUGGAGGGCAUUGGGACGAACGUGGCUCUCAUGAAGGAGCUACUAGUGCCAGCCAUGCUGCUAGGGCAGUGGUUCCAGUCGUUAGCCUCAUGGGAGGAGCCUAUCAAGACCAUGGUCUUUCUAGCCUUUGCACUCUACAUCAUCUACAAGGACUGGCUCGGGUACGUCAUCCCGUUCCUCCUCCUGACCAACGCGGUCAUCAUGAUGUGGCUCCGCUUCGUGCAACAGUCCGACAGACGCCGCCCGCCGAACCGGAGAAACGAGGUGGUGGUGAUCACGCCGCCCAAUCAGAGCGCCGUGGAGCAGCUGGUCGUGCUUCAGGCUGCUCUAGCUCAGGUGGAGGCAGCCAUCCAAGCCCUCAACAUCGCACUCCUCAAAGCACGAGCGCUAGCCCUCUUGGAGCUCCCAACAGCCACAGACGAGCUAAUUGCCGUGCACAUAUUCCUUGCCAUCCUUCUCACUCCUCCUUGUGUGAUUUGUCCUCCCUGCUUUUUUUCUCGGUAUCCCCUACAGGUGGAGGCGGCCAUCCAAGCACUCAACAUCGCACUCCUCAAAGCACGAGCGCUAGCCCUCUCCGAGCUCCCAACAGCCACCGACGAACUGAUCGCCGUCCACGUAGUCCUCGCCAUCCUUCUCGCCAUUCUCCCGGUGCGGGUCGUGGUGCUGCUGGUGCUAGGCGACGUGUUCACACGAGAAAUGGAUUCUACCCUUCCCUACACAGUUCUACCCUCCGCCUCUCGCCUCUGCGCUGCGUCCCCCCUUCCCUACGUGCAGCGUCCCCGCUUCCCUACGCACAUUUCCCGCCCCCUUUCCCUACGUGCAGUUUCCCCCUUUCCCUACGUGCAGUUUCCCCCUUUCCCUACGUGCAGUUUCCCCCUUUCCCUACGUGCAGUUUCCCCCUUUCCCUACGUGCAGUUUCCCCCUUUCCCUACGUGCAGUUUCCCCCUUUCCCUACGUGCAGUUUCCCCCUUUCCCUGCGGGCAGCUUCCCCACGCCCCAUGCCCCAUGCCCCAUGCCCAAUGCCCCAUGUUCACAUGCCACAUGCCCCAUGCUCUCUUUGCCUCUUCGCCUCUUCCAUUCAUCCCUCCUUCUUUCGGUUCACCUUUCACCCCUUCCACCUUCUUUACCACUCCUCCCCUGCCUCACACCUCCACUCUUCCCACCUCUCUCUCCUACCCUCCCUUCCCGCUCCCCGCUCUUUGCGCUCGUCUUGUUUGCGCUGCCCGCCGCCCUCACUUUCCGUGCGCGCCGCCCUUGUUCUCCCUGCCCGUUCAGAGCACUAGUGUUCCCCCUUUCUGA